UUUUUGCUAGUUGUCUGUUUGGUCCGUCUUCUCGCUUUCGGUACCCAUUUAAAAUCCGACGUAUUAAUGACCUGUAAUUCUGUAAUAACAGUAAAAAUCCAUGUGUGAUUCAAAUUUGUAUGUUCUUCAUUUCAGCUUUUUGUUUCCUGUUACAGGCAUUCUAACAGUACAAUCUUAUUUCAAAAGAACACUGUAUAUUACAGUAGCGAAAGUAAUCAGCAAAGAAAUGGAGAGUUUCCUACAAAGUGAUGAAUCUGGGGUUGUGUGUGAAGUUCCAAGUAAAACAGCAAGCCAGGAAAUAACUAAUGUUGGGAAAACUCAAGAAUCUUGCCAUAGUGUCACGAAAAUGCAUACAAUGACAGAAGAUCUGCAUAAUUCUGGGCCCACUGGCUGUGAUAGACACAUCUGCAAUGAGUGUGGAGCAAACUUUUUAUCUUUGUUAAAGUAUAUGGAUCAUCUCAAUAGGCAUACAGGAAACAAGCCAUAUGUUUGUGAAGAAUGCAACAAGCAAUUCUUUACCUUAUCAUAUUUGAGAAAUCAUCAGAAACUGCAUUCCGCUGACUACCAAUUCAUUUGCGAGUUCUGUGGCAAAGCAUUUAGAUUAAAAAAUAAUUUGCAAAUGCACGAAUUGACUCAUACAAAGGAAAAACCAUUUAAAUGUGACCUUUGCGAUAAAGCAUAUACUCACCCAAUGAAUUUAAAGAUACAUAAGCAAGAACAUACAGGAGCUAAACCUUUCCAGUGUGAGACAUGUGGUAGAUGCUUCCGGACAACACACAGACUUAAAACUCACAAUAUGUCUCACACAGGUGAGAAAGCCUUCAGUUGUCUUAAUUGUGAAGCAAAAUUUACAAGCAACUCAAAAGUUAAAAGGCAUAUGAGUCUCCACUGCAAACUUUCCAAGGCAGCAAAGUUCCAAAAUGAUGAGGAUAACUAAAUUAUAACUUUUUUUUGCUAAGGCUCUUCAUUAACUUUAUCAGCUCAUUCAAUGUAACUGUUUUGUUGAAUGGUGGUUAGAAAUAAAUUGUGAAAUAUUGCAAGAAA